AUGGACACCUCGCAGGUGCGAGAUUUCGAGCCCUGCAAGGACUGUUGCGCUUGUUUUGUACCGAUCCGUUGCAUUAUAGAUCAGCAUGAAGUGGAAAUAAUCCCGGCGACCGCGCGCAGCAGCACGAGCAAUGAAUACUCAGCCCGUGGUGGCCCUAGUGUCGACUCGACAUCUAGGACAGCCUACGGCAGCACCUCAUAUCGGCACCACCAGUACCAGCAGUUAUCCCAGCGUGCAGCUGCUGCAGGGGGAGUAUCAAGCCCCUCCGGUUUAUUCUUUGGGGGCCAUCAUGGCUCCACUGCCCUGAGUCAGGCUGACGAACCUGUGUCUUAUCGCAGUGCGACUCCAUCUGAUCUCUUCAUUGACGGAACCAGCAAACAAGAUUCUUGGGACUCGAAGGCCCCCCGGGUGCCGCUUAUUAACCUAAGAAAGGUGCAGCACCACCAGGCUACGCUUCCUUGGUCUCCUUGUGACAGCGAGAGGCUGAAUGUAACACAGAAGACGCAUGAAGCCAUGGAAGAAGGGGGGCUCAGCAGCCGCUUGCCCGAUGACGCCGAUGGGCCCCUCAGCAGCACCCUGUUCGGGCCUUCACAGUUAGAGGCAAUGUAUUGCGGGCAAAAAACCUCCUCUGACAUAUCUUCGGUAUCGAGUAAUGAUGUAGAGCUCAUGGUGUGGGACCAACCCGACUCGGAAUCAUCUCGCAGAUGCAUCCCGUCCCCCGUCAUUGCCUUUUCAAGUCUCCAGGGGAAUGAGGCAGGCAGCACAAGCACCAGUGUCGCUACCACCAGUGAGACAGAUGAAGCUUCAAGGGUUGAACUUUUUUGUUUUGGGCACACCGGCUUGCCGUUCUCUGCUUUUCAGUCCCCUAGGCAGCCUAGACCAGGUUCAUCUCUAUCAGUACACUUUGGGAGUGCCUUAGGUGGCAAAGCCGCGUCAAUAAAAGACCACAUAUACACAAACCAUGUCGGUGCUCCCUUUACAAAUGGAUUUGAGGUUGACAAGGAUCCGUCCAUUACGGGGCCUUCCAAUGUUUUGGAAGAAUGCGCCCUUACAAAUAAGGGCAUCGAGACGACAAACCAUCAGGAAUGGACUUUCUCGGCUGGAGCAACGGAAUGCUUCGAGGCCUUCGAUGCGGCUAUCAACCCGCUACAGCAUGAGCGGUCGAACGAAGGCCGUCGCUGA